CACCAAACCCAGAUGUGGCCAACGGCAACGGCUAGUGUGGUUUUGCAUUUCUCGUUGCUGGUUCUAGGAUCUGUUGCUGCAAGGCCACUCGAGAGCUCACUCGAGGGUGCUGUCCAGCCAGUUAACCAUGGACACGCCCAGACGGCUGCUCCUAUCGAAAAGCUUCCACCAAUAGUUGAGAAUAGCGGAGGACCAGAUGAAGCAGCCAGAGAGCAGACUUUCGCUGAAUCAGAAGGAGCUAUAUCGCAAGGCGAGCUUGACGGAGAAGACGACAGUCAGAUUCAUCCACAGCUCCAGGCCAUUCUUGCGCUGCGAGCCGCAGUUGAUUCGGCUCACAUCGAUAUCGAAAAGGUCUUGAGAUCGAUACACGAGCUCAAGGUUAUUGGGUUAGGUGAAUAUGAUAUCGGACCAGCGAUCACGGGCGGGGUGGGGGGCAAGGGUGGUGAUGGACCGAUAGGUGGCAAUGGAGGUAUAGGACAAGGGCCAACGAUCAAUUCGAAAACAGAGCUUGAAUUUGGGAUCAUCUCAGGAGGCACCGGUGGUAGAGGUGGUGAUGGAACAAAGGUUGGUGGAAACGGUGGGAUAGGUCUGGCGCCGGUGAUCAAGGUCUCACACAAACAGGGACGGAUUCCUGCUGUACGCCAACAACUCGGGCUCGGUACUAUUCUCGAGUACGAUUGGAUUGCUUGCGAUAACAUCGAUAAUUGGGAGGACGGAAACCCACCCGCUGCUCUUUCUUUCUCUACGAUGUGGCCCUGGACUCAAAGCAAGCCCCAGCAACAGUCUGCGCCAGCGCCGCCACCAGUCGUCCGCCAUAUUGCUGGUGGAACGGGUGGUACCGGCGGUAAGGGAAAGGAUGGAGGCGGAGGAGGAGUUGGCCAAGGAGUUCGUCUCAAUAUGACUGACAUCCACGAGUUUUCCGACAUCCGGGGCGGACACGGUGGAACUGGAGGGGAGGGUAUUAACCGCGGAGGCGACGGCGGUUUGGGAGAGGCGCCAAAGCUCAACCAUCGCAUUCUCAAACUUCCUGCGACAGUCCACAUUCCAUCACUUUCCACCCAGGAGUUCUGCAAGAAGUAUCGCUUGAACCAAGCUAUCGAGAAGAGACUGGAGGACGAAGGCUACGAUUCAGUGGGUGGAUUAUUGGAGUUGUCUGAGCAUGACCUGCUCGAUAUGGGCUGCAAGCGGGGACAGAUUGCUGAGAUCAAGCGGGCUUUGCGCGAAUAUUUGGCGAGUUUGAAGAUUGUGGAACUGGCUUGA